CGGCUGGCGGUGAUCAGUACGAUUUCUGUGCUCGACCGUUACGUUACGUCUACGUCCGCGCCUAGCCUCCAGCAGCAGCCCCGACCAACCCCAGAACCCCAGACCAGUUUUCGUGGACAGCAAUGACGUACUGAGGUCGUCGCUCGUUCGCUCCCUCCCGGUUCGCUCUCGCGCUGCGAUCACUUCGGCGUGUACUCGUGUAUUGGUGUGGUGUUGCCAAAAUAUAAACGUAACAAAAAGUCCUAAGGGAAAGCGGCAGCAGCAACAAAAGCAAGCAGCAAAAGACACACGGCAGCAUUUCUCGUUCAAGCUAACAGUUUUGAAGUCCACACUCCGACGAAAUGACCACCAAGCAGAAGCAGUCGAGAUGGUACUUCGGUGGCCUGGCCAGCGCUGGCGCUGCUUGCUGCACCCACCCACUGGACCUCAUCAAGGUCACGCUGCAGACGCAGCAGGGCAAGCUGUCCGUGCUGCAGCUGGUCCCCAAUAUCAUCCGGGAGCAGGGCGUGCUCGCUUUCUAUAGCGGACUCUCCGCCUCCAUGCUGCGUCAGCUCACCUACUCCACGACGCGCUUCGGCGUCUACGAGGUGGGUAAAGAGUACAUCAAGACGGACACGUUCGCCGGCAAGAUUGCCCUGGCGGGUCUGUCGGGCCUGGCUGGCGGCAUUGUGGGCACACCCGCCGACAUGGUCAACGUCCGGAUGCAGAAUGAUGUGAAGCUGCCGCCUGAGCAGCGAAGAAACUACAAGAAUGCCAUCGAUGGCCUGAUCAAGGUGUACCGACAGGAGGGAUUCGCACGACUCUUCUCCGGCGCCACCACCGCGACGGGUCGCGGCAUUCUCAUGACCAUCGGGCAGAUUGCGUUCUACGACCAGACCAAGGUGUACCUGCUGGCCACGCCCUACUUCCAGGACAACCUGAUGACGCACUUCACCGCCUCCCUGGUGGCUGGCGCCAUAGCCACGACCCUGACCCAGCCGCUGGACGUGCUGAAGACACGCUCCAUGAACGCCAAGCCGGGCGAGUACAGCGGCCUCUGGGACAUUGUGCGGCACACGGCCAAGCUGGGUCCGAUGGGAUUCUUCAAGGGCUACAUUCCGGCCUUUGUGCGCCUGGGCCCGCACACGGUCAUCACUUUCGUGUUCCUGGAGCAGCUGCGCCUCAACUUUGGCUACGUGAAGUCCAGUUAGCCGGGGCAGGGCACUCCCAAAAUGGUUUCCUAUUAGGCAAUAAGCUGUACGCAAGGUGUUCCCAUUGCUGGCCCACUCCCA